AUGAACGACACGGACGACACACGGUACUUGGUGGUGAUGAGUCUAGCUCUACUCCUCCUUAUUCUCGGGGUUGCCAUUCCAGAAUGGGAGUGUGGUGGAGUGUUGUCCACCUGUGGUAGAAAACACUCCUGUGACUACCUGGGCAUCGGCGUUGUCCUUUGCCUGGCCAUCGUUCUGGUUGAACUUGCUCUUAUUUUUAUCACCGUCGAUCUUGGCAUUGACUAUAAAUAG